GCAGAGCGUGUUUGUGGCAGUGAAGCGCUCACUCACCGCCGGGGGGCGCUGCUCGUGUGUCGGCGGGGUCGGAUGUUGUGAAGAACAGGGAGGCUACACCGCUGCUACACACGAUGGCAUCGUCCAACACCUCCAGAGUUGUGAAGUAGCUGCAACUGAGCGAGGAGGGGUGAGCGGCGCUCCGUGUUUCCAUGGCCGUCGGCUGAUGGGCGAAGCGAUGCGGCACCACUGGCUGCUCCUCGGGGCUUGCGGCUGGGUGCUGCUCAUCCUGAUGUUCGUCAGCAAGUUCAUCACCUUCAGAGCUGUAGACGACUAUGGAGAGAGGGUUGGUGGUCAGAGUUGGACGGUGCCAGGCACCAAGGUGGUUAAACCCAUUCCUGUUUCCAGCCAAAAACGAGAUCCAAAGCCAUCCGAUCAGCCCUCAGCUGUACCCACAGCGGCAGAGUGGCAGACGGUCUCCGAGAGGCGAGUCGAGCUGCUCUCUAGUGUGUGCAAGAACAACAGCCUCAGGAAUCUGACUCACGUCUCCAUCAGCAAGUUUGUCCUGGACCGCAUCUUUGUCUGCGACAAACACAAGAUCCUGUUCUGCCAGACGCCCAAAGUGGGCAACACGCAGUGGAAGAAGGUCCUCAUUGUGCUCAACGGGGCGUUCCCCACUGUGGAGGAGAUCCCAGAAAACCUCGUUCACGACCACGAGAAGAACGGCCUGCCCCGUCUCUCGCUGCUCACGCCACAGGAAAUCACUCACAGAUUGAACACUUACUUCAAGUUCUUCAUCGUGAGAGAUCCUUUCGAGCGCCUGAUCUCUGCGUUCAAAGACAAGUUCGUGAAGAACCCGCGCUUUGAGCCGUGGUACAAGCACGACAUCGCUCCGGCCAUCAUCCGCAAGUACCGCAAGAGCCACCGGGACAGCAACCUUUCCGCCUCGGGGCUCCACUUUGAGGAUUUUGUCCGCUACCUGGGUGACGUGGAAGGGCGUCGACGCAUGGACAGGCAGUUCGGCGAGCACAUCAUCCACUGGGUGACUUACGCGGACUUGUGCGCGCCGUGUGAAAUACACUACAGCGCCGUGGGCCACCACGAGACUCUGGAGCACGACGCCCCCUACAUCCUCAAAGCGGCGGGCAUCGACCAGCUGGUGUCCUACCCGGCCAUUCCUCCAGGCAUCACCCGCUACAACAGGACCAAGGUGGAGCAGUACUUCUCAGGCAUCAGCAAGCGGGACAUCAGGCGUCUGUACGCACGUUACCAGGGCGACUUCCAGCUCUUUGGUUACCCGAGCCCAGACUUUCUACUGAACUAAAAUGAUUAACACUGACAUGUUUUCAUAGACAAUCCUCUCAGCAUCUUUGGGGUACUGAGACGGAGGAGUAUUGUAGCUAACUGACUGGUAUGCGGUAGAUUGCACACUGUAACGUAUUUGCAACGGCUGCCUAAUAUUCCUAUAUUUAACAGUUUUAAUGCAGGGGGGUGUAAGCAAACCUGUAAUGUACACUACACUGAAGAGAGUGUUGCUGCAAAGGACGGGACAGGAGUUCAGGCACACAGUCACGUACGGUGGCGAGCGCUGCAGAAAAGUCAAUCCGCAGAUCAAAUGAGACACGUUUGCUAUCUUAUAUUUAAUGUUUCUGACUUCAUUAUCCUCGUCUAUCAAAGAGGUGUACUGUGUAACACCCGGGAUACAGGCCCGUUAUUAACCUGUAAUGUAGCUAUUUUACUGCACUGUAUGGAGCACCAGUUACACUGAUUUAAGGCUGUUAAAGUACCAGUUUAAAUCUUGAAAAUUAUUUUUAAAAAAGAUACUAGAUACCUCUUUCGAUACCACGGCAAAAUGAAAAAGAAGUCGUACACUAGAUUUGCUUUUUUAAUUCAUGAGUCUGUCUUCACAGCAGCAGCUGAGGAGGAGGCUUGUGUUGUAGUCAAAACCAGUGUGGUACAGCGUGACAUCAACCAGGUGCGAUCACUGUGCUUGUAUAAUGAAGCGUCUACACCUCUCUCUCUGUGAUUGUCACACUGCACAUGAGGAGAGCGAGGUGGAGACACUAGUUAUUUGACCGAGUGAUAAUUAACAAAGAUCAUACAAAUUUAAGCACGUGGUAUCGAAAAAAAGUAUCAGUAGACUUGAGGUUUCAUCCUGUUGAAGGACAGUGUUACGUCUUUCCUGCCCUUCUUGCCAUCACGCUCUGCACAGGGGAAGGCGGUCUUGUAUCAGGGACGCACAAAUAUUUUUGGACAAGGAGUGCGAACGGCAAGAAAACAAUCCAAACCAAUUAGACGUUGACAUUUUUCAGGUGUCCACCAUUGAUUUUUUUGCUUUAUGCAAAACAUCAAUGUCUCGUAGGACGGUAAAUUACUCUUCAGAUAUCAUGAAAAAUGGUUUAAAAAUGUACCUUGUCCCCACCCUGAUCCACACUGUCCCUGAUUCUAAACCUGACAAAAGGUUUCGCCUUUGUUUUCUUGACCUCGCUUGGAACGUCGCAGGAAACCGGCACUGGAUUUCAAAGGGUCAUUUUUCUAUCAGAAACGUACUGUUGUAAAUGUUCUUAACAUGACUCGCAACUCAACGUUUGUAUCACAUGUUGCUAUUUAUAAUAUUAUUAACCUGCUGACUGGUGGUGCAAACAGUUGUAAGACGGUACUGCCUCCCUGAUGACCUUUGCGGACAGGUGAUCGUAAUACAAAGACGAGCACUAGUUAGUAAUAAAGUUCCAUGUGUUGAUAAAA